CGCAUUGUCCAUUAUCUCCCAACCCUGCAAUGCCGUCCUUCAGCCUAGCGCCGCACCCGUGCUGGGAGGACGGCGAUCCGGCACCAGUCAUUCGUUCACAGGACGACAAGCACGGAACCGAUACCCGUACGAUCAGUGGAGAACGACUCCUCCAUCGUGUGCUGGCUCGCAAUUCCAUUCGCCCAUGUUGCUUGUACCCGUCAGAUCCGAGGAUCGUCAGAGAUCCGAAGAAGGGAUGGCGAGCUGUUUGAGGGCCGAACAGGCUGGGGGUCGACGCCAUUGAUCUCGCCACGGCUGCAUAUAACAUGCUAGCUUAGGCCCAGAGCUUGGGAGCCACAUGCCCUCGACGCCUUCUAAAAGACGACGCCCCCGCGGUGGCUUCGCUAAGAGACAUCGUUGGGUUGAAAAGCUCUUAAACUUCUGCUGCUGCUGUUCCUCCUGCUGUUUUGAAGAGACAGAAGAACAACGACAAGAAAUGGCUCCAGCUCGAGUCGUUUCUCCAUCCGCGCCUCCGGCUACGGCUCCAGCGCCAGCUCUAGCCAGCCCUCCGUCCACGCCAGUACACGCGGGUAACUCCAAUGGCGUCCACGAAGCCUCACCGGCGACAAUAAAGUCGAUGACUUCUGUGCGCUCUUCGUACACAUCCCAAUCAAAGCGAGUCGUUUCCGGGACCAUGGACAGUUCAUCGAUGCAUUUCAUUCGCGAGACCGGUCAAUCCUUGGGCAAGAAGGGUGCCGCGGAGUUGGGCUUCGGCGUUUUUGAAUCCGUGUCAACCACGACUUUUAUUGCCUUAGUGGAGUACAUUGCAAACGUGCGGCUUUCGACGCUGCCUCAUCGUGGAUCGACAUGGGACACCGUUUUGAUCAGAGCCCUCUAUUUCGCUGAAAGGCAAUAUGGCUUUGAGAAGAUCAUGAAGAGCUUUGGCUCUGAGGACAGCGGAACUGCCAAUCUUGCAUACGGCUAUUGCAAGCUUCUUCUCGAGCUCGGACCCGAGAACGCAGAAGCAUUGGACAAGGCAUUCGCUGUCCUGUACAAACAUGCUCUCGAUGUUGCAGCUCUUCUCUGGCGUACUGAGGUGGUCACAACCACACCGCUUAUCAGAGAGCAACUCGCAUUGAUGUACGGAGAUUUGCUCACUCUAACAUCCGUGGUGGCGACUCGGUAUUACAAGGUUGUCCAGGGCACCGCAUCGACAACAAUGACUCUGGACAUCUACGACGUGUGCCACGACGUCAUUCAGAGCUUCCGCGAUCGCCAGGAGACCGUAAUCGACCUCAUCUGGGCCCACCAGGCUCAACUGGAGGGACUGGAUUUGACCACUGGCCUCAGUACAAAGUCGCUGAGGCGUUGGCUGCUCUCGAUGGACACGGUGCAGACCACGCUCACACAAGACCACACCAUCUACCUGGUUGGACAGGCAGAGUCGACAUGCUUGUGGUUCCAAAAACCUCUGGGCGCUUUCGUGCAAGGACACCGUAAAGUCAUGGCAGUCACGGGGCAUUCUGGCUCCGGCAAAUCGGUCCUCGCUGCUUCGACUGUGGAACGAUUGCAGAGGCCUCUUGGACGCAAGACCUUCUCGACGUUGUAUUACGCUAUUCCCUCGGAUGCCCAUGCUGCAACCACUCCGAUCUCCAUCCUCAAGUCAUUGCUCGCCCAGGUCCUCGAUCUUCGCAUCGGCGAUAUGCAGACGUAUCAUGCUGUCGCUCGAGCCUACGAACACUGCACUGUCACGGGUGACGUCAAGGUCUAUGAAGACCAUCUGUGGGAGGCGCUGGCCGAGGCUUUCAAGCAGUCGCUGGACAACGCCAGAGACCUCAUCGUAGUGAUUGAUGGCCUUGAGGAGAUUCAUGGUGGCAAAACUCCGGCUCAGGCCGUUUUCGACAGACUUGCCGACAUUGUGUGCGAUGGCAAGCGAGUGAAGUUGAUUGGACUUGCCACCAGUCUUUCGAUGCCAUCGGGCAUUGAUACGACACAUGUCACAAUCACUCGCGAGGAGGUGCACGAGGACAUCCGCGCAGUCAGCCUUCGAGCGUUGUCACACUCCCACCAUUUCCAUCACCGCUCUUCCGAACAGGACCAGGUCUUGGAUCGCAUUGCGAGAAUUGCGGGCGAGUCCUUCGUCUUGGCCAUCCUCGUUUCAGACAUCUUGCACCACUUGAAGAGCUAUGAGGAGAUUGUGAAGACUCUCGAGCACUUUGAGAAGACCAAGCCAACCGUCCAAGAUCUGGUACACAAGGUCUUCUCCCGACAUGAGCCUUCCUCCACCACCAGGACCGUCUUGGGCUGGAUGGUGCAUGCAGAGCGUCCUUUGACGAUCUCCGACAUGGAACGAUUGUUCACCCAUGGCCACAAGCCGGAGCACGGCAUCAAUGUGCACCACGCACUAGAACAUAUCCGGCACAUCUUGGCCGAAGGCGACUACCUCGCACGCUUCAAACAUCGAUCCAUCCACGAGAGCGUCUCCGCCCUCAUCCACAGCGGCAAGAUCGUGAUUCCCGAUGAACACAAGCAAGGCGAUCUUCUCAUUCGGGCCCUUCACUACGCGAAAGCCGUCCUGCGAGACGAUCCAGAGCCCGAGCUGGGAGACAUCGGAUUCGAGCUCACCGAUCGCAUUUUCCGCGAGCACCCACUGCUGCCGUACGUCAUCAUUUACUGGACGACGACCCUUAAACAUCAUGGCGAGAAGCAUCCGAAGGAACUGACCGCCGCGCUGCCGACCGUUACGAUCAUGGCAUUGAUCGAACGCAUUGUCUGGGCUCACGAGGUGCCUUUCAUCCAAGCGGUGGAGAUGCACAAAUUCGCCAUCCAGAUCCGUCAGACACACCUUAAGGAUCAUGAGCGUAUCACGCUCCAAUCCAUCCUCAACGCUGCCCUCAUCUAUGAUGAUUUGGGACAGGUGACCGAGGCAUCCCGACUGUACUACCAGUGCACCAAGAUUUCGCAUCGUCUCCAGCUGGAUGUCUUGUCUUUGGAGUUGGGACACCGCUUCUUGCGUGUCUCCGAGACGCUCGUCGACACGAAGCGGACUGAGAUCAUGACGUAUCGUGAGGAAGUCUACUUGAUCGUCAUUACUCUUCUCGUGAAGAUUCACGGCAGCUACUCGAUGGAGGUUAUUCGCAUGCGGACCCUCCUCGCGACUUUCUACGAGCACAUUCAAGAGAAGGAACGCGCGGCGGCGAUCUAUGAGUUGAUCCACGAAGCUACCAUUCAUGUCCAUGGGAGGGACUCGGAUGAAGCUCGAGGUAUCUCGGACCACCUCAGGGUUGUGUUGGGCAGGACCAGGGCGGAAGAAAAGAUUGAAACCCUCAAAGAGUCCAUCUUCGAUGAUGUGGAAGACGCGAUUGACGUUGAUUCCCUCGACAUCGUCAUGAUCCACGACCGCCUCAGGAUCGCGAAGACUGAGCGAGAGUUCGUCGAGCUCUGGCAAGUGGUGUCCACAACGGCACGCUCAACAACGGCGAUCGAAUGGCAUGAGAUCAACAUCGAUGUUGCCACGUCUUACUCGAAGUUCUUGAUCAGCCAGAAGCGCACCACCGAGGCCUCGGCAGUACUGUGCUCCGUGAGUCGAGAGUACCAGUAUCAUCAUGCUUCCUUGUUUGAGAGCAUUUCUACUCGACUGAGCACCGUUGCGACCUCGUUGACGGAGCUGGGCCUCUUCACCGCGGCACUUACUCUACUCAAAUCGACGGUCCACUUCCACCAGAGUGCCCACAAGGAAGAGACGGUUCGGACUACUGAGAUCCAACGCCAGAUAUCUGUCGUGGAGACCAGACUGGUUGAAACUACAUCUGUCGACCAGCAUACCGACAUCCUGGAGCGGAUCUUUCGUACUGCAAUCAGUGACACGACAAAGACCAUUGAUAUCAAAGUGGUCACGAUGGCCAGGACUCUUGCUUCUCACCACGUGGAUCGUUUCGAGGUCCGCGAGAGUGUCGAGAUUGUCAAAUUGCUCCUGAGCCGUGUCUGGCCAUCGUUCUUGACCAGCACCUCCAGGAAUGUGGAGUUGACCACCGUCUUCCAGAAAGAGACGCUUGACCUCAUCUUUGAUUUCCUGGUCCCAGGCUACAAGCGACUCAGAGAGCCGGCAAACGUCGAAUGGGCUCUGUCGGGAGUGUUCCUUGCCGCCAUCACGGCGAAGACUGUGGACUUUGUCCUUAUCAGUCGCCUGCAGACUUUGCUCCUGCAGCACUAUGACGAAGAACACCAGCCAGACAAGGCUAUUGUCACUCUGCAGAGAGUCGUGGCUGUGCGCCGCGCCCACCUUGGAACCACCCACGAGGAUACGAUCAAGAUUCUGUACGAACUUGCACGCCGAACUCAUGAACGAGCUAGGAUCUAUCCGGGCUGGAUCGACUUCUACCUCCAGAUUGUGUCGUCUCUCAACAAGAGCAACGACGUCUGCCACCCUCAAGCCCUCGAAGCCCUUGAGAUUGUCGCAGCGACUUAUUGGACAGACGGUCGGUAUCACGAUGCAGUGGCCUGCUACAGAGUCAUUUGGAACACUCUCGUCAAGGAGCCAAAACAGCAUGCCAAAUUUUUGCAAGCCACGUUCGUGCAGCAGCUGUACGAGCGUUACUAUAUGUGUCUCGAAAGGACCUCUGCCAGGUACGAGACGCUGUACCAGGUGACCAAGCAGUACCACAGUACCACCGUGGUGAUCUUCGGUGAGCAGUCCGAAGUCACGACGAGGGCGAUGCUAUCCCUCGCACGGGUGUCCAGCACAAACGAACAACAUCAUUCGGAAGCCAGGAGCCUGUACGAACGGAUCUCGAAGACUUCGUCUUCUACCUUUGUUCACUUGGCCGAAGUGCAGACGGCAUUGACAGUCUUCUUCGCCCGCGAAAUUAUCCGCGCCCAGACUUCUACCACGGUCAGUUCGGAGACGUUGGAAAGCGCUCAAUCUCGCUCUCUUACGGAGUACCGAUCGUCCGUGUCGAAGUUUGGAUACAGCAGCACUUCAACCCUGUCCACCCUGCACCAGACGGCGGUUUUGUACUACAAGCAAGGCAAGACGGAUGUCGUCACCAAGGAGCUCACAACUGCGACGACGGAAAUAAUCACCAAGGAGACGUCGUCGAGCAAGCUCAUCGAGGCUGCAGAAUCGAUCGUGACCACCUUCCAAGCCACCAAGACCACGACAUACCUCGAGACCAUGAUCGCCGAGAUCCAUCGCCAGGUGAUCUGCAAAGACACCACCAAUUCAAAGAGCUGGGGAUUCGAUUUGACAAAGUACGGUCGUGGUGUACUUCCAUUCUUGGCUGCAUUGAUUGUCAGAUCCUCUGUGGACACAACCAUCUCGUUCUCCAAUGUCAUGGCCGACCUCCUCACCGAGCUGUUCUACUUUGACGAGUAUCGCCACAUGGUCCACUCCAACGCAAGCCUCCAAGCGAUAUUGCUGUCGGCCAGCGCUCUUCGAGCGUUCCUUCUCAGGAUUCAUCGACAUGAUGCUGUCGCCUCGCUCGACAAAGAUGUCGCGGCUGUAUUCAUCGCCAGGGAUGGUUCCAAGCUGAAGCUGCUCAGCAAGGAAUCUGCUCGCCUAUUCAUGGUGGCCAUCAUGGAGUACCUCGGUGUCCACCGCCGUUCGCCUUUUGUCCGAGCCGUGGUGCUUGCAUCCAAUGGGAGCAUCGCCAAGCUCAUGGCAGCUGGGUCGUACGCCGAGGCCUACGACAUCGCGAACUGCGCUUUCGAAUUCGCCCUCGAGAACGACGCCUACACCGGAGCGAAGGGCAUCGGACAUGGAUUCAACCUCGCUUCCACUCUUGCGGGUAUCGGAUACUCCAAGACACCCAGCGAUGCCAACCUUCGCAGACAGAUGCUGCAGCUGUCGAACAAGAUCGCCAGGAAAGUGUUGGAUGUGUGCAAGCACCAGAACAUCAAAUUCACCGAGAUCAACCUGCACGAUCUCAACCGUCUCGUCGAGCUGUUGGGCGUGCAAGAAGACUACGAGACGCUGGAGUCGUUGCUCACAGCGCUGUGGAACACGCGCGAGGCGCACCGAGACUGGUCGUCGACGACAAUGGACACCCUGGGCAAGGACUUGAUCUACGCUCGCUACCUCUCCGGCCAUCCCUUCAAGGCUCUCCGCCUCUGCGAAGACAUCGCGUACAACCAACGCCGCACUCACGGCCUGUCGAGCCCGAUUACCCGAAAGGUCAACGUCUUGCUUGCGGAGCUGUACUCGUCGAUUGGACUAUGGUACUUGCAGCAAGGCAACAAGAGCCAGACAAACGUCGAUCUCGCCAACCAGUACUUCGCCAAGGCAUUGGCGGUGCAUGAAGAGACGCUGCGGGUGGCGGUCGGCGUGGAGCGUACCCCUGGAGAAGUCGUCGAUGACGACGAUUGGGACACAACGGGUGAUAUCUUGAGGGAACACGGCAUCAUUGUCGGCACGGAGAGCACGAAUGGCUCCUCGGCAGUCGACACAGUGGCGGAGAAGAAUGUGGCCAAGACGCAUCUCCGCCUCCUCAAGCUGGCCGUCCAACGUCUUGGAGGAUGGCCUGGCGCACACGGCGAGCAUGAGAUGCUGGUGCAUCAAGUGCAGAAUGCGUUCCCGGAGACGAAGGAGCUGCAAACGCCGGACAAGUGGCAGAUCAAGGGGUUUGGGCAGGGGAAGGCUGAGAGUAAUGAGGGCACGUUUGCGAAGGUGGGUGAGUGGAGGUUGUUGGAAGCCGUUUAGUUGUGCGUUGUCUGCAUUCGCGUUCUGAGGGUUGAUGGGUAUUUCGCAAUUGCUUUAAUGAUUUAAUCGUGGGGUUUGGGCAAGGACGUAAUUAGGGAUCAAAAGCGUUGCAAUUUCG